CAAUUCUUCAGAUUUGACUGAACUUAGGGCUAAGAAACUUCAACAAUUGAAAUCUAUAUCUAAGUCAGAUUCAAGUCAUAAAAUUUUUAAUGAUGAUAAUGAGCGCGAAAAAAGAGCAAAUAAAUUGUUCAAGAGUCUAUUUGGACAAUAA